AUGGAGGCAGAAGGUGUUGAGAUUGUCCUCCAAGACGGUCCCCUCGUUCCGGACAUGUCGAUGGCGGUCGUUGACACCGAAGAUGUUGAGAUCAUCAUCAUUGACACGAUUCCCUCUUCCGGAUUGGCCGGGCUGGUCGGGCAGCAGAACCCCAUCGACACCCGAGCAAUGCUUGCAGACGCCGUCGCCAGGGAAGCCAACAUCGGGUGUCGGUGUUCCGGAUUGGUCGGCUUCCUCAGUCACGAGAUCUCCGAUGACACCGAGGCCAUCCCUGCAGACACCGUCGCCAAGGAAGCCAACAUCGGGUGUCGGUGUUCCGGAUGGGUCGGCUUGGUCGGGCACGAGAACCCCAUCGACACCCGGGCAAUGCUUGCAGACGCCGUCGCCAAGGAAGCCAGCUUCGGGUGUCCCGCUUCCGGAUUGGUCGGCUUGGACGAGGGGCCUCCUCGACGUGGCCCUGGCCUUGGCGCAUCCUCGCAGCAGGAGCCUGGCAAGGACAGCAAUAAGAUGAAUCGCAGCCAGGGCGAUGGGACCGAGGAGAAGCCAAGCAAGGUUCGACGACUUGAGAAGGUGUGA